CCCUGUUUAGUUUUGGGACACAUCGUAGAAGAGAGGUCCGUUACCUCAGAGUAGUUGUAGUUAUAGCUAAUACCCUUAGUAACGCCAACCGCUUCCACCUGAAACGAUAGUUAUUUUUAACCGUCGUCACAGACAGUAAAGAUUAAAUAAAUGAUUGAGCGCGCACUCAGGCAUAGUAUUGAACUUCUCAGAUCAUCAACUGCCAUACCAUUUCUGCAAGUGUAACGUUGUUGCCACCAAAACAAUACAGUAACCAACGGGUUGUCACUGCAAAUAAAGCCCUCCUUAUUGCUCGUCCACGGCUGUGCUGAUCAGUGCUAAGUAGGCUGCCUGGAGCCCACAGGUGACUGACCAGCCCUCGUGGGAUUUGAUGUCAUCUCUGGACGGGUUCAACUGAAGAUGGAAACACUGGAGUCUGAGCUGACCUGCCCAAUCUGCCUGGAGUUGUUCGAAGACCCACUGCUCUUGCCCUGCGCCCACAGCCUGUGUUUCAACUGCGCCCAUCGCAUCUUGGUGUCCCACUGCUCCACCAGCAAACCCCUCGAGUCCAUCUCCGCCUUCCAGUGCCCCACCUGUCGCUACGUCAUCACGCUGAACCACCGCGGCCUGGAGGGCCUCAAGCGCAAUGUGACCCUGCAGAACAUCAUCGACCGCUUCCAGAAGGCCUCGCUCAGCGGCCCCAACUCGCCCACGGAGAGCCGCCGCCUCCACCCGCGCCCCUACGGCACGCACGGCACCGGCCUCGGCGGCAGCACCACCCCCACCGGCGGGAUUUCCACCACCAGCGGCAGCGCCCGCGGCAGCCCGGCCUCCGCCAUGUCGCUGGACCGCAUCAGCUGCCAGUUCUGCGAGCAGGAGCCGCCGCGCGAGGCGGUGAAGACGUGCGUGACGUGCGAGGUGUCGUACUGCGACCGCUGCCUGCGCGCCACGCACCCCAACAAGAAGCCCUUCACCAGCCACCGGCUGGUGGAGCCGGUGGCGGACGCCCACCUGCGCGGCCUCACCUGCCUGGAGCACGAGAACGAGAAGGUCAACAUGUACUGCAUGGUGGACGACCAGCUGAUCUGCGCCCUGUGCAAGCUGGUGGGCCGCCACCGGGACCACCAGGUGUCGUCGCUGAGCGAGCGCUUCGACAAGCUCAAGGCUUUUCAAGUGAGCCCUGGCAGAGUAUCUGACGCUGUAAUGGAGGCUUCAAAGACAAGCGCUGCGCAAACCCUGGAGAACAACCUGACCAAUCUGGUGAAGAGAAACAGCGAACUGGAAAACCAGAUGGCCAAGCUUAUCCAGAUCUGCCAGCAGGUGGAGGUGAACACAGCCAUGCACGAAGCCAAGCUGGUGGAGGAGUGUGACGAGCUGGUGGAGAUCAUACGCCAGAGGAAACAGAUCAUCGCCGUCAAGAUCAAGGAGUCCAAGGUGAUGAAGCUGCGGAAGCUGGCCCAGCAGAUCGCCAACUGCCGGCAGUGUCUGGAGCGCUCCAGCGCCCUCAUCACGCAGGCCGAGCACAGCCUGAAGGAGAACGACCACACGCGCUUCCUCCAGACCGCCAGGAACGUGGCUGAAAGGGUUGCCAUGGCCACAGCCUCGUCCCAGGUGCUGAUUCCGGAUGUGAACCUGAACGAGGCCUUCGACAACUUUGCCCUUGACUUCUCCCGAGAGAAGAAGAUCUUGGAAUGCCUGGAUUACCUCACAGCGCCCAACCCUCCGUCCAUCCGUGACGAGCUGUGCACCGCCUCCCACGACACCAUCACUGUGCACUGGAGCUCCGAGGACGAGUUCAGCGUCACCUCCUACGAGCUGCAGUACACCAUCUACACCGGACACACCAACUUCAUCAGUCUGUACAACUCGGUGGACAGCUGGAUGAUCGUGCCCAACAUCAAGCAGAACCACUACACGGUCCACGGCCUGCAGAGUGGCACGCGCUACAUCUUCUUCGUCAAGGCCAUCAACCAGGCGGGCAGCCGCAACAGCGAGCCGGCCCGCCUCAAGACCAACAGUCAGCCAUUUAAACUGGACCCCAAGACGGCACACAAGAAGCUGCGUCUGUCCAACGACUGCUUGACCAUGGAGAAGGACGAGAGCUCCCUGAAGAAGAGCCACACUCCCGAGCGCUUCAGCGGCACGGGCUCUUACGGCGCCGCCGGCAACGUCUUCAUGGACAGCGGCUGCCACUACUGGGAGGUGCUGCUGGGGGCCUCCACCUGGUACGCAGUGGGCGUGGCCUACAAGUCUGCGCCCAAGAACGAGUGGAGUGGCAAGAACUCGUCCUCCUGGGUGCUGUCCCGCUGCAACAACAACUUCAUGGUGCGUCACAACGGGAAGGAGCUGCAGGUGGAGGCCAGCCCCCAGCUGCGCCGCCUGGGCGUGCUGCUCGACUACGACAACAACUCGCUGUCCUUCUAUGACGCCAUGAACUCUCAGCACCUGCACACCUUCGACGUGUCCUUCGUGCUGCCUGUGGCGCCCACCUUCAUGAUCUGGAACAAGUCAGUCAUGAUCCUGUCAGGCCUGCCCGUGCCUGACUUUGUGGACUGUAGUGAGCAGCAGCAGGACCUCUGUCGCCAGCAGGAGUCUCCCUACGGCUCCGGGAUGAAGUCCUGCCACUAAGGCAUCCUGGGACUUGGAGUCUCAAGUCUCUGGGUUCUAUCCUUGAGUCCGUUGAGAACCAGGGUGAGCUCCAGACACCGAGACCUACAACACGCUAUGGUGGGAGAGGGUGGGGUACAGGAUCCUCUUUGCAAAGUGUGCCGUUUCUCUCUCUCUAUUUGAAAGCCUCUGGUUGGUGUAAAUGCAGGCUAGAGAUUCCAUCUGGUUUCUGGAAUUCAAACGGUAGUUUUAAAUUACUGUUUAAAGGGGGAAGAGAGUGCACUCUUGAUUGGCCAUUGGUUGGCCAGGACUUUGGUCAGUGGACAGUGCCAGAUUCACUUCCUGGUUUUUCCAUUUGUUUUACCAUCAUCUUCUUGGUUUAGGUUUUUUCAUUUGUAGGUGAUGGUUGCCGACAUUGACUUGUGUUUGAGGCUGGUUUUGUUUCUGAUAUUCCAGAUCACCAGAGGUUUAUUCGCGUUAUGUGACUACUAGCGUUGUAUCAUAAGAAAUGUAUUGAUUACAAUUGAAUAGAAGAAAAUGUUGAUUAUUUAUGAAUACUAAGUUGGUUUGCUUUUUUUGUCAAUCUCAAUGUAUUCUCAUAAUGCACUUUUAAGAUUGACCAUUUUCUCAGUGUGUAUAAAAUAGAACUGAAUUGGGCCGGGUUGUACUUUUUAGAUAGCAUAGUAAAUUUAUCUUGUAUAGUGAAAGGAAUAUGAUAACGAUGUUUAUGCAGUUUCUAUCACAUUAAUCAGGAUAAACCUGACAAGAUGGUGACAGUGUUGAAUAAUAUUCAGGGAGGAGAGGGUGAACAGGUGCUGUGCUGUGCUGUGGUUCUGGGUGUCAUGGCAUGUUAAUGUGUUCACUCUAGGAUUUGUUCACACACUCACACACACAAAAACAUGUACACACUCUUCAUGUUUUUAUGGUUUGGUCGUGAUGGCGCAUGUAACAUUGUAGGAUUCCACUCACAGAUCCCCCUGUAGUCAUGUAUUUUCUACAUACAGGACAUCCAGUUUGCCACAAAGACAACUUCCUAUUUCACCUGUAGCAUCUCUCAAAGUCCAACCCAGUCCCCCUUGUCCAAUCACAAGUGAAAUUACUUCUACUUCCAAGUAGAACUCAUCCCCUGUUGAAUGCGAUAUUAAAACAUAUGGUCCAACCAGCGAUUCAUUUCGAAAACUGAAAUGUGGUCACAAUUGAUUAGAAUUCCACAGUCAUGGAAACCACAUAAUGCUUGUUAACUUGAUGAUUGCUGCAAAGCAUGCUAGGGUUUCACUUCACAAACUAGAAGAUGACACUUUCCACUAAAUCAAAAGUAAAAAAAUAAAUAACUUCACUCAAUCUAAUUAAUUAAUUUCAGCAUUCAUUUGAAGUUUACAAUGUAUAUAAUGUUUUGUUGAUAAAUAUAAGUAGCUGUUUAACCAGAAGUAGACAUUUUUAUGUUGUGUGCAGAACAACUAUACUCUUGGUUAAAGUGUGUGCAGACUGCGAGCAAGCCAAGCAUUAUACAUUUUCCAUAAAUGUGAGCAAUGGUAUGUUUGGAGAACAGGCAUCACAAAGAGACAACCAUGAGCUCUACAGUGCCCUCGUAAAUAAAUACAAAUGCAGCCUAGCCUGGAACAUAGUUAUUUAUUUUGAAACCUGCUUCCAAGGUUUUGUGUAUUAUGAAAUCCUUAAAGUUAGUUUUCAGGGCUAAUGAUGAUCGGAUCGACAAUCAGUCAUGUAUUUACACGUGUAGGCAAAUAUAAAACAAAUAUUUCUGUGUUGACAGUGAAGGCAUGGCAAUAAGCAUGUACUACUUGGUAUACUGUCAAAAUGGAGUUCUCAUUACACCUGUACAGAUUUAGGAACUGGCUCACAUACUACUGAUUCCACAACUCUCCACUCUGUCCACAUAUCAGUGAGUUUUAUUUUCUCAUAACUGAGUGUUCCCACCUCAUCCUGAUAGAAAUGUUUUUGUUCUGUUUUUAAAUCUUUUUUUUUGAAAGCACAAAAAACGACACUCCGUCAGGUGUGAUUGGUCCACAGAGAGACCAGAGGAGGGAGUCCACAUCAGAGGAUCAGAGGUUGGCCCUUUCUCCACUUCCUGAAAGUGAGAUUCUUGAAGAGUAGAAACUCUUCAUCUCAUUGGUUUUACUAUUUCGUGUAGUAUAGGCAAAUAUUUAGUAUGUCUCGCUACAUAGUACGUCUGAUGAGACAGUAAGCUAAAAAUGCCAGAAUAAUGUUGUACAGCUGACAGCAUUCAUAGUAUACAAGCCAUCUUUUCUGACUAUUCUGCCCAAACUCUACACAACAGAGGAGUUGUCUACCACAGAGACAACAGUACAAUAGCAGCCCAAUGCAGCCCUAUGUGCGUCACAUCAAGACACAAUGAUAUGACAAAGUAGUAUGACCCAAACAUGUCACCUUUUUCUGGCAUAGCUGCUCUAAUUACGAGGAGUUAAGGAGUUAAAAGUAUGUGCGUUGGGCUAGGAAAAAGGAGUGUCUUUUCAUGUGUGAGCAUGUCCGUUCCAUGAGAACUGUAAAAUGUGGCUUCUCGCCCCCAAAAAAGGUUUCUUUACAAAACUGCAUUGACAUGUACUGCAAAGUGAUGUACAAUCACUACUGCAGGUUACAAGUGGUGUCUGUGUCUUUGCUUCUUCUUUUUAUUUAUUUUUACAUUUCAGCAGAUUUAUGAAAGUCAUGUUGUCCAAAAGCCCAUUGCGAUGACCACUCAUGGGUCAGAUCCUUGUGUACAUUGUCUUAACUGGGACUGACUAACCAAAUGAGGUUCAGUUCAUAGGUAUGGGUACUCCUGGCUGUGUUGCUGCAUGUCAAUGUGACUCCUGUGAAGUUUAUCCUUCAUCCCCGGGGGUGGGUUAAAAUAUUGCUAUACAUAUUCAUCAGAAUACAUCCACCAGAGACGCCAGAAUUUAGACUUCUCGUGCAUAUCAGAUAGUUUGCUGUGCAUUUUUUCUUUAUCAGUUGAUGAAUAAAUAUAUAUAUAUAUUAAUUUACAGUUUACCCUCAGUAGUUCUGUAUGCCGUAGAAACUCAUUUAGUUUCUGUGUUCCUCAAGCUUAUUUUUACAAAACUUCAAAAAAUUUAACUGGGCUCGCUCCCCUCCUUUCAGCAAAAACACAAAAAGAGGAUCGAAAGAGUUGUGUUCAUCAACAUGACACUUCAGUUUCGAUAGAUAUACAAGCCUUUAGUGAAAAGGAUUGUAAAUCAUAGUAUGAAAUACAGUAUAUAUUAUAUAAUGUACAAUAUACAAAAAUUAUAUGAACUAUUGUUAUUUAUGUGAACUCAAGUCCAAUUAAAAGUCUGAUCCCAAACA